AUGCCCAAGGCACGGAAGCGCAAAGCGCCUGUAACGUCUGAAAACGACCGCUCCAGCACAUCCAGCAAGGCCAAGGCCAGCCGCACCGUUAUCCGUCGCUUCCAUGUUCUUUUGAAGAACCAGAAGCACUUGCAGAACGAGACGCGCGAUGCGGAGAGCGCUCGCGCGUUGGCCGAUAUCGAAAAGGAGAUUGAGGAGCUCGGCGGGCUGUCUGCGUACCAGCGUAUGUCGAGCAUCGGUCAGGGAAGCGAUAGAGGUGGGGGAAGCGAGAAGAUCUUGGUAGGAUGGUUGAAGGAAUUGGGGUGGAAUGAUUUGGGUAGGAGGGAGAGACACAGAUUGUUAGAGGUUGGAGCCCUGAAGCCAGACAACUAUCAGUCCUACGCGACCUGGCUGAAUGUGACACCCAUUGACCUGCGCUCAAGGCAUCCGUCUAUCCUUGAGCAAGAUUUUCUGCUCAUGGACCCACAGUCGAACGGUAGCAAAUGGGAUAUCAUAAGCCUGAGCUUAGUUGUCAACUUCGUCCCCGACGCACUUGAUCGCGGUCGCAUGCUGAGGCUAGCACACCAAACGUUGCGUGCCGAUGGGCUGCUUUUCCUAGUCCUGCCUCUUCCCUGCGUCCUCAACUCGCGCUACACGACCUUUGAAUAUCUCAAGGAUCUUAUGGAAUCUAUAGGCUUUAAUCAAUUGGAAGAAAAAUGGCGACCCGGCGGGAAAAUGGUUUAUUGGCUAUAUAAGAAAGGCUCGCCAUCUUCGGACAGUGGAAACCCCGAUCGCUUCUCCAGGAAAACAGUGCUGCGCCAGGGUGACAGAAACAACUUCACCAUUUUGCUCAACUAG